CCGGCACUCCUGGGAGCGAUAAAAGAGAGGGCAGGCAGGAAGCCUCCCCUUAAACCAGGCUCCCUGUCCCAACAUGGAGCGUUUCGUUUAUCCGCCUUACGGCGUUUAUCAAAGUUAUGGGAGCAGCUUUACCCCAAGCCACAACGUGGCCUCGAGAUUACCGCCCAAACAGAAGCAGCCAAGCUGGAAGCAAAGCAAGAGUGGCGGCAUCUCUAAUCCCUACCGAGGGGUGCUGUCUGCCCCUUCCUCGACUCCUCCGGUGUCUUCGCCGGAUUAUUUGGACACUUACAAGCGAGCGCAGCUAAAGGCGCUGCUGUCGCACGUCAGCCCGGGCCUCACCCCGCGGCUCCGUAAAGCCAACACCAAAGAAGUGGGCAUUCAGGUGAACCCGCGGGCGGACGCCUCGGUGCAAUGCUCGCUCGGAUCCCGGCCGCUCCAGGCCGUCCGACCUCAAAGCCCCUCGGGCCGGCUCAGCCGGGAGCCUCCGCUCCCAGGCUUUUACUCGCCCGUGCUCGGCCGCCGCCUUUUCACCUUGCCCGAAACGGCGGAGAAACCGAAGGUGCCGACUCAAGGGCCGGCCUCGCCACAAUUCAACCAGGAGUCCGAGGAAAAGGGAACGUCCGUGGAGGAGAAGGGAGACGGAGGCGCCGAAGAGAAGGCGGGAGCCGAGGACUGGCUGCCGGGCCACGCUGCCGGAUACUCUGCCCAGCAGCUGAUUGGAAAAGGAGGCGAGGCUGGGCAAGGCGGGAGUCACCUCGCCGAAGAGGGCAAACGAACCACCUUCCAGUUCUUAGAACAGAAAUAUGGCUAUUUCCACUGCAAGGAUUGCAAGACCAGAUGGGAAAGUGCCUAUGUAUGGUGCAUUUCUGGAACCAAUAAGGUAUACUUUAAGCAGCUUUGUCGCAAGUGCCAGAAGAGCUUUAAUCCUUAUAAAGUAGAAGCAAUUCAGUGCCAUAUCUGUUCAAAGACUCGUUGCUCCUGUCCCCAGAAAAAAAGGCACAUUGAUCUCAAGAGACCCCACCGGCAAGAGCUAUGUGGCCGCUGUAAAGGCAAAAGAUUAUCUUGCGACAACACCUACAGCUUCAAAUACAUUGUUUGAUCUGUGCAGUUUGUAUGCUGAGGUUGCAUUUAGGUAUGCACUUUGUUUCAUAAUAUGGAUUUGACUUUAGGAUUCUGACCUGGCAAUGGAUAAUGGACUAAAGAUGUUUGCAAUGCUAAAAUAUAUUUGUAAUUUAUCACUGUACAGCCUAAUUAAUAAAACUUAAAUUCUAAUUAAAUUGUAUUUCCCUUGAUGAGCAUUAAAAAGAGAUGGGAAAGCUGACAUUCUUAAUUAGAAAUAGGUGGAAAACUUAAGAGGAAUUUUACAUGCCAGAUUAAAGCUGGCAAACAAUACAUUAUAUUCCUGCAAUCUUUUUGUAGAAACAGUGAUAUAUUUUCAGGAUUCUGAAUAUAAUUGAACUUAUCGAAGUUUGAUGAAGACUGAGUAGUAUACUUUCAUAUUCACUGAGGCAUUCUAUACAUGAACUUAAGUUUUAAAUCACUGAAGGAAAAUAGACUAUGUAAUGGAUUUAUAUGAUAAGGGUAACAAUCAUUAAAUGGAAUAAAAAGCACAGUAGUCUUCCUGAGUAUCAGAUGGCCUGUCUGUCUUGUUGAAAUUACACAGGAAAAAAUACCUGAGCAUACUAGUUUACUUAGGUAUUUUGUAUUGAUAAUAUAAGACAAUAUCAGAUUGCUAAUGUACUUUGAAUUUUGUGGCUCGUGUUAAAUUAUUUACAUCUUAGCACUUUUAUCUUAGGAGGGACAUUACUUUCAAAACUAAUUUGCAAAAAAAAAAUGAUUAGGCCUAUAUUAGAAGAGAUGUAUACUAAUUUUCAUAGCACUAUAGAUUAAAUAUGGAAUUUCAAACCAAUGUAAAAACAGGAAAAAAUUGAUAAGAUUUGGCCACUCUUCAUAAACAAUUGAGAUUUUCAUAUCUAUUUCAUAUACUAAUGCAAAAAAAAAAGUAACCUGAGUAGUUGCACGUGCAAUGAGUUUGUACCCAUUUCUGUUGCAUUUUAGCAAAGAGAUGUGGAAAUAGAUGGUUAAAUGAAGCUUCCAUGUUAUUUCCAGUGGUUUUUAGAUAAUAAAAAUAGUAGCAAAAUUAUACUGAAAACAACACAAGUUGUAAAGUUGCAAACAUAGUUCAAUUAUGCAUGAUUGAUAGUUCUUAGAUAUAUGUACAUAGGUUGACAUUUCAUUUAAAAAAAUGAUGGUGUUGGUUUAAACCUGGGUUAUACACGAGUUGAUAAGUAGCACAAUGAAGAAGAAACAUAAACUUCAUCUGUUCAAUUAUAUUAGGUUUACUAACACUCAGAAACAUUUGUUAAUCUCUUACAAAGCAUUCCUCUAAGAGAAUAGUAACUAAGUGAGUAGGGCAGCACUCGAGUCACACAGUGAAAGAGGCACUUCAUGUUAGCUUUCAUGAGGGUUAGCUGACACGGACUUGCCACACAAGAUUAUAAGCAAUAAAAAUAAUUUUAUAUCCCAUUAAUACUCCCCAAAUCCAUAUGAUUAUGGUAGGCCUUAGUCACUAAGCAUAAAGCUUGUCUCUCUUCCAACUCAAUAGGGAGAAGAAA